AUGGGCCAUGCAUACAAGGUGCUUGGUGAAAUGUCAAAUAAUGGGAUACUUCCUGAUUCUCACACUUUCAUUUCAAGUGAAGAUAACGUUGAUGCAAAUAAAGGAAAGCGGGGUAAGACAAGAUUACCAAAGCUUUUAAGGGAUACUAAUGGUGAAAGGCGGACUGUUACUUAUGAUGAAGCCAACCAAGCAACCGGUAAAAAUGGUUGCUUGAUCUCAAGUUACAUAGGCAGCGAAGUUGGUCCAAGUCUUGGACUGAAGUAUACCUGUUGGAAAGAAGUUCCACCUGUAGUGAAGAAAAAGUUAUGGGAGGACGUAACGUUUAAGUUUGAUCUCGACGAAUCAAAGAGGAAAGAUGUAUUGAGACAAUUUUCUGACUUGUGGCGAGGAUGGAGGAAACGAACUGCUGCAAAGCAUGUUACCCCAUUCGAAAAAAGCCGAAAAAAGCUUAAGAAUGUUCCUUCAGAUUUAAGAGGUUUUGUAGAACAAGAAGAAUGGAAAGAGUUUGUAAAACGGAGAUUGAGCGACAAAGGCAAGGAGUUGUCUGAAAUUGGCAAAACGGUACAAGCUCACCACAAAUAUCCGCAUAGGAUGGGACGAAGGACCUAUGCUGGAUUAAAGGACAAACUGAAAAGAGAAGGAAAGUGGACAAGUGAUUCACCCCCUCCACGAGAAUUAUUAUGGAUACUUGCACGCCAAAAUGAAAAUGGGGAGUAUAAGACUGAUGAGAUUGGUGAAGUUGCUGCUCAAAUUGAUGACUGCUCGAAAAAGAUCAAAGAGGGUACAAUUGUCUGUGAAGGUAAGACAGAUGCCCUUGUAAAGAUUUUGGGUGAAGAACAUGGUGGAAGAGUAAGGGCUGCAGGUACAAGAGUGACCCAUAGUCAGUAUUUUGACACUCCUCGACAACGUGGAUCAUCAAAUAAAGAUAAUCUGAAUAAAAUCAGAGAACUGGAAGAGCAACUAAGAGUGAAAGAUGUGCAAGCAAGAAUAAGUGAAGAGAACUUGAGAAAAGAAUUCCAACAACAAUUGGAGGAACAGUCACUAGACACAGAGAGAAAAUUGCAGAAACAAUUCCUUCAGUUCAAAGAAUUAUUGGGCAAAUCCCAAUAUGAUACGAUUCAGCCACCUAUGAUGUCCUCAGAAAAUGUCCCUGCCUUAGGUGCUGAGGAUAAGGACUUAGCUGAAACUUGGGGGGAAGCUGUUCACGAUCCGAAAGGAAAGGCCCAAAAUAUUCGGAGACAUAAUGGGGCCAAAAGCUCUAAACUGGAUGCUAGAAAGACGUCUCAAGAAUUGAACAGUACAUCUAUCCCGGCCUCUCUUAAAGCGCCCGCCCAAGUACCUAAUCGAUGCUGUCCUCAAAAAAAGUGGUUGCACAGGUGA